AUGGCUCAACAGGCUCAAAAAGGCCUACUAUGGAGAGAUAAUGACAUGGGCGAACUUGCCCCUACGUGGACAAUAGUACCAGAUCUCUCCGUCAUCAAAUCUGUUGCAGUCGAACAUCUGCCCGAAGGCUACACCGAUAUCAAUGUUUCAUUUUUCGCGGAAGGGUCCUUCAACAAGUUAUAUUGUGUGUCUUCACCACACAUAUCACAGAAGUACUUUUUACGUGUAGCAUUACCGGUGGAGCCCUUUUUCAAAACAGAGAGUGAGGUUGCUACUCUUGCUUACAUCCGCAAACACACCACAAUCCCUGUGCCUAAAGUACUAGCCUACUGCUCGUCAUCUGAUUGUGAGCUUGGUUUUGAAUGGAUUCUGAUGGAGAAAAUUGAGGGGGUUCCAUUGUCUGACAUUUGGAACGAGAUGUCUUUCGACUCAAAAGAAAGCUUGACCUUGGAGAUGUGCAACCAUCUGAAGGUUCUUCAUGAUCUUCCCUUUACUCAAAUUGGAAAUCUGUACUUUCGCUCUGUUUCAGAACAAGUAGGCACCGGAAAAUCAAGCGGAGGCCUUGAAACUAACUCAUGCAAGACUGCCAUCGACCGCGGCAUCGGAACGGAGUUUGUGAUUGGCCGCGUUGUUUCUCCUUGGUUCUUCAGAGACAAGCGCAUCUCUCUUUCUGCCGCCCGUGGCCCUUUUUCAUGCUCAUACCAGUACAUGAUGGCGAAGACACGGAUGCAAAUCGAGCGGAUCAAACACUUGUCUCCUCUCCCUACCGAUGAUUAUUAUUCUGAAACCGAUGAACUUUUAGCCGAGGAUCAGGAAGAUGUUUUGGAUACGUGCCACAGCCUAGAGGCGCUGGUGCCUCAUAUUUUCUCUCCCCACGGUCGGGACGAUGAAGAUAACUUGCUGUACCAUGAUGAUCUUUCAGCUUCCAACAUCAUCGUGGAUCCGAUAUCCCAUCGCGUCACUGGAGUAGUAGACUGGGAAUGCGUCUCUAUUCAUCCUGCUUGGGAGGCAGCAGAGUUUCCUUUCUUUUUGAGAGGCAUUGAAGUGCCAGAGCCGCCACCUCAAGAACCGGGGAUUGUCGAACCUGACCUCGUUGAGAUACGAAAGGACUGGGAGAAAGUUUGCCUUCGACGUCUGUAUAGAAAGACGUUGCAGGAUAAUUUUGAAUUGUCGCCAGAUAUAAUGCGCAAACAGAAGUUUUCUUUUUGCUUGGAGAAUAUUGAGAUGAAUUGGACAGCUUCCCAAUACUGGGCACAAACUCAGCUUGAAGAACCCGGGCUGGAGACGGGUCCAACUACAUUGCAAUCAUAG